GGUAACUGUAUCCUCAUGAGUGAUUGGAUGAGGUGAAUCUUUAAAAAUGUGGAUUGCGUUGGAGACAAUUUUAGUAAAUAUCAGUGAAGGAAGAAGAAUACAGCUUUGCCGCAACUGAUUUGGAAAAGUCAUGAGUGGAUGUCCAUACUUUGAGAAGAGGCAUUUGUUAUUCAAAAACAAGCCUCCCUCAACGGAAGAAGAUGAGGAUGCCUCGCAGGCAGGGGUUAACAAGGCCAGUAAAGGAGGAAUCAUCUAUGGAGACUACCUGCAGCUUGACAAAAUAGUCUCAGCCCAGGUGUUGCAGAGUGAACUAAAGGGUAAUAAGAUCCACGAUGAGCACCUCUUCAUUGUCACCCACCAAGCCUAUGAACUGUGGUUCAAACAGAUUUUGUUUGAACUUGACUCAGUGCGCGAGAUCUUCAUCAGUGGACAUGUCAGAGACGAACGCAAUAUGCUCAAAGUCAACACUCGCAUCCACCGGAUUGUAAUGAUCUACAGACUGUUGGUCGACCAGUUUGCAGUUCUGGAAACGAUGACAGCCUUGGACUUUUUUGACUUUAGGGAAUACCUGUCUCCUGCCUCUGGAUUCCAAAGCCUUCAGUUUCGGAUCCUGGAGAACAAAAUCGGGGUCCCGGACAACCUGAGGGUUCCAUACAACAGACGCCAUUACAGGGACAAUUUCAAGGGUCAUGACAGUGAGAUGCUGCUGGCCACUGAAAAGGAGCCGACGCUCUUGAAACUAGUCGAGGAGUGGCUGGAGAGAACUCCUGGCUUGGAGGUGGAUGGAUUCAAUUUCUGGGAAAGGCUGGAAAUCAAUAUAUUUGAUGGGUUGAAUAAGGAAAAGGAGAAAAUCGAGAAAAUGCCAGAUUCUGAGGAGAAGGAGGAAAUGAUGUCUGAGCUGGUCAAACAGAGAGAGCUGUUCACUUCUCUGUUUGAUGAAAAGCGGCAUGACCAUCUCCUUAGCAAAGGUGAGAGACGGCUCUCUUACAAGGCUCUCCAAGGCGCCCUAAUGAUUUACUUCUACAGGGAAGAGCCGAGGUUCCAAGUUCCUUUCCAGCUGCUCACAUCCCUCAUGGAUAUUGACACCCUCAUGACAAAAUGGAGAUACAAUCAUGUAUGCAUGGUGCAUCGUAUGAUUGGCAGCAAAGCUGGCACAGGGGGCUCAUCUGGCUACCACUACCUGAGAUCUACUGUCAGUGACCGCUACAAAGUGUUUGUGGAUCUGUUCAACCUGGCAACGUUCCUGGUGCCACGCCACUGGGUGCCUAAGCUAAACCCCAACAUCCAUAAGUUCCUCUACAUGGCCGAAUGCUGCGACAGCUCCUACUGCAGCAGUGAAGACUCUGACUAGGGGGCAUCGCAGAAGUCUGGUUAAUUUCUUUCACUUCAACUGACCUCACAACAGUAGAUCUCUUUUAAAGUUUGAGUUUUAGUGACAGGUGCAUAAGUGAACAGGUGGCCAUCCGAACAUGCAAAGAAACACUGUGUCUGAGAAGAAACCAGACACUCAAACACUACAUAGGAUGAUGAAAGAAAGUCCAAUAAGAUAGUAUUUUUGGAGCAUCUUAAUUUGGUGGAUUUUUUAUCAGUUGAAAGAAGAUGGAGUGAAACAUGGCACAAGGAGGGAUCAAUUAACAUAAUAACUGACUGACUAUGAUUGACAAUGUAAACCACCAAAGUAUCCAUUAGUGAGAGACAUUUGGUACCGUGAUGGUAUUAUUGGUUGGGCUUUUUAAAAUAUCUUCUUUUCUGUGACGCAUUGGGAUUGUGACAUGUAAAUACAGAAAAUAACUAAAUUUGUUCAAGUUAAUGUCAAGCAAGGUGAAAAGAAUUUCAUCUCAUCGUGACACUAAAAGCAUGGCAAAUAUCCUUCAAUUAUGGUAACAAAGAACAGAAAAGCAAAUUACUAGCUCAUUAGUUACAUCAAGCUGCAGCACAGAGGUUCAUACCACAGAAGCUUGUGACGCAGUGUCUGACCCUGAAUAAAUCAAAUGGCCAAAUUAGACUAUUUUACUCUAAUCUUGACUGGUCACAAGGUAUAGCAGAUGGCUCCUUGAUAAGAUUUGCUUAGAUGUUUUCUCAAUAAAAUUAUGUAAAUUCACUGUGUCUGACCUGAAAGCAAACGGAUCGGUGAGACAAGUGAUCAAACUGGUGGCGAUGAUGGGUUUUUUGAAAAAUCAUUAUCUUUCAUGUCAGCACGGGGAAGGUGUGAGAGAAAAAGCCAUUUCAGACUAUUGGGAUGUGGCUUAGAUGCAAGAUGCAAUAAAAUGACAAUAGACCUCUGUAUAAUCAAUGUCCAACAUCUAAAACAGAAGAAUUUGCACAGCAUAUAUGUGAAGCAUAAAAUUUGUAUAUAAUGUUAAUAAUGUAGUUGUGUAAUACUGUGUUUUGUAUAGUAUGCUGUAAAGUUAAUUUUGUUAUGUAUUUAUGCAGUGAUUGAUGGUAUCACUGUAUAGAUAAAUUUAUAAGCCAUAGCACCUAUAAUAUGUAUCCACCUUAUGUAUUUAAUAAGAUACAUUUUUUUGUACAGUGCAUCUAUUAUUAUUACAGUUGUUGUUUUUUGCAGUGUUGUGUGUUGAUCGCUCAGAUAUGAUCCAACAUUUAUCAGCAUGUAAAGUGAUUUAUUUUGUUUUAGUGAUGUAACAUGUUGACAUUUCAAUAAAAAACAUUAUUUAAAGUGA